AUGGGUGACAUGGAAAAACUUAUUUUAGACGAACCCGUCGAGGAAGGAGUCAAAACAUACUCCCGGAAACAUGGAAGAAAACACAAAGGAUACUUUCAACUACCCUGGUACUUUGCUGGUGGCAUUGUCCUGUUUUGGGCACUGCUCUUCAUUGCCGUGGUGAAGCCACUGUUUUACCGACUUCCCGAACCGCUGACAGUGGAGGAUGCCCCCAAAGGAGGGUUCAUUGCCGAAAGGGCGCAGGCCAAUCUUUAUGAUUUCGAGGCUAUCGGCACCAAAGUGGUUGGAAGUGAUGAAAACGAGCACAAGACCGUACAGUUCCUGCUAAAAGAAUUAAAUCUGAUUAAGGAUAAUAUUCAAGAGGAUCUGUUUGAUAUGGAAAUUGAUUUGCAGCAGGCCUACGGUGCGUAUGUGAAAUGGAAUCUGGUCAACAUGUACCAAGGCAUUCAGAACGUGGUGGUUAAGCUCACGCCCAAGGGCACCACCAGUGAAAACUACAUCCUGGUGAACAGCCACUUCGACUCCCAGCCCACUAGUCCCUCCACCGGAGACGAUGGACACAUGGUGGUCUCCAUAUUGGAAGUGCUCCGAGUGAUUUCAUCAUCGAGAAAAUCAUUCGAGCACCCCAUUGUUUUCUUAAUCAAUGGAUCCGAGGAAAAUUCGCUGCAGGCAUCUCACGGAUUCAUUGCCUACCAUAAAUGGGCUAAGAAUUGCAAGGCGGUCAUUAAUCUGGAUGCAGCUGGCAGUGGAGGUCGCGAACUAAUGUUCCAAUCUGGCCCAAAUUAUCCAUGGUUGGUUAAGAUAUAUAAGGAUGGCGCCAAGCAUUAUUUCUCCACCACCAUGGCUGAGGAAAUCUUUCAAACUGGACUUGUUCCAUCUUACACUGAUUUCGAUAUUUUUGUUGAAUACGGAAACCUUAUUGGUCUGGACAUUGGCCAGUGCAUCAAUGGAUUCGUCUAUCAUACCAAGUAUGAUCGCAUCGAUGUGAUUCCACGGGCAGCUCUGCAGAACACAGGAGACAAUCUUCUUGGUUUGGUUCAAACUCUGUCCAAUGCCACCGAACUGCGUGAUCUGAGCGCAAAUCCGACGGGCAACACCAUCUUUUUCGAUGUCCUGGGAUUGUAUCUGAUCAGCUAUUCCGCCGAUGUCGGUGUGAAGCUAAAUUAUGCCGCGGCUGCUGCAGCAAUAAUCCUGAUAUAUAUCUCCUUGCUGCGCAUAGCGGAAAAAUCAAGUGUCAGCUCCGAACAGAUCCUGAGCACCUUCAUCCUGGUUCUUGUGGUGCAGCUCAUCGCCUUUGUCUUGGCAUUGGCUCUGCCGCUUUUGGUGGCUUAUGGCCUGGACAAAUACGGCUUCUCUCUUAGCUACUUCGCCACUCCAUCGCUCCUGAUUGGGUUGUACAUAUGUCCCAGUCUUCUGGGCCUUACUCUGCCCAGUUAUAUCUAUCUGAAGUUGGCGAAUACCGAGAAGGUAUGCUUUGCCCAGCAAGUUCAACUGGCACUCCACGGACACGCUGCAGUGCUUUCCAUUCUCUGCAUUGCCAUCAAUUACUAUGGAUUGCGCACCACCUAUGUCAUUACAUGGACGCUGGCAUUCUACGUAAUCCCAUUGGCCUUCAAUCUACUGACCACCCUGCAUGAUCGUGGCUAUUCCUGGACAGGUAUAUUGAAAAUUGUCCAGGUUGCCCCGUUCAUGUACAACAGCUAUCUCUUCUACUGCUUCAUUGUGAUACUCACGCCAAUGAUGGGUCGCUUUGGAGUGGACACCAAUCCUGACUUGAUAAUCGGAGCUUUGACUGCCCUGGGUACUAUAUUGUCCAUGGGAUUUUUGAUUUUACUGGUCAACAUGUCCCGCCGAUCCGGAUUCGUUCUGAUCGGUCUGUUGGCCGCAACUGCCGCCGGUGUAUAUAUUGCCAGCUCCACCGACAUUGGAUUCCCCUACCGCCCCAAAACCAACGUACAGCGAGUGCCCUACCUGCAAGUGCGCCGCGUUUUCUACGAGUAUGAUGGAACAGUGAGCAAGGAUGAGAGUGGAUAUCUGUUUAACGUGCAGGAUCGUCGCGGACUUACUCCGUUGCUAAAGUCCAAUGUGGAUCUCACUGGUCUGGUCAACAUGACAUCCGAUUGUGCCAAGUACAUGAUGUGCGGCAUGCCACUGUACGAUCACCGAUGGGUGGAGGCCAUGGAGACUACCAUGUGGCUGCCGCGAAAGAAUCCCGUUUGGACACCAGCUGAACCGAUCCUAAAGCAACUUAACAAAACUGUUCUGGCUGAUGGCAAGACUGUUCAAAUGGAGUUUGAACUGGAGACCUCGGAUCACACCAGCAUUUUCAUUCAUCCCAACGAGGAUGUGAUCAUCUCCGACUGGUCCUUCCUCAAGGAAUACCUAACAACCAAUUCACCUCCGUACCACAUCUACUACUCCUUCGGUAUCGAUAAUACUCCACUGCGCUUCCGCAUCGUUCUUAAGAAAGCAGAUGGCGACUUCACUGUCCCACUCUUCCAGUUGGGAAUCUCGACGCACUACAUGCACGUGAAAGGCGAUGAUGAGUCCAUCAGGUUUGCCAACUCCAUUCCCGACUAUGCUGUCAGUAUUCAGUGGCCAGCUAUGUAUAAGAAAUACAUAUUUUAA